AUGGCUGAACAGUCUGCUCAACAAAAUGUGCAAUUGUCUUUCGAACAUUUGUUGACUUCGCAGAAACGGAGUGAAUUGUUGAAAAAUGUGGGAAUCGAGAGAAGCAUUGUGAGUUGAUUUAUAAUAGGAAGCCUUAAAUUAAUUAUUUUUCCUUAGUUCCCGGAUUUCGCGCCAUUCCGAUCGGCAAAAUGUAACGCGGAAACUGCAAUUAGUCAGCGAGGAAUUCCACGCGCCAAUCCGGAUCAUCUUCGACCAAUUUUCGAGCGAUUUGCUUCGAAAACUGUUGAUGGAAAGAAAUUGAUGACAUCCGAAGAUUUUAUUAGAAAAUAUUUGGGUUUGUAUACGGAGGAGAAUUAUAAUCGAGAAACUGUUCGAUUGUUGGCAUCGGCUGCUGAUACAACUAAAGAUGGCGAUAUUUCAUUUGAAGAGUUUUGCGCGUUUGAAGCACUUUUAUGCAGGUAUAUACAAUAUUUAUAAGGGUUCUUUUUUGUGAUUUCGGCAACAUCGUUAGUGUUUUUUAAACCUAGUUAUGACGUGGCAAUUUUUUCAAAAUGCAGGAUUUUGAAGACUAAUUUCAAUUAAAUCCUAUUUUUUCUCAAAAAAAAAGAUUGCCCGUUCUAAUAAAAAUUUUGAAGACUUUGAAAUUUUCAAAUAUUUUUGAAACGUAUUUUUUACUGUGAUAUUUAUUUGCCGUGAAGCAGUGAAAAGAUUUUUCGAAAUGAUAUUCUCAAAAAAUCCAAAUUCGCCGUGAAAUUUGGUUAAAAAUAACUCUGCCACGUGGAUUUCGCUCUGAAAAAUUUUAAAAAAUUGAGCUUUUGGUAAAUUGUUCCUCACUGGCAUUUUCGACGCUAAAUUUGAACUCUGAAUAUGAAAUUUUUAUGUGGCAACUUUGUCACGUCAUAAUUUUUUUGUGUAGUUGUUUAAACUAGAUUUUUUUUGAAAAAUUCAAUUUUUUCAUUUUUCAGCCCUGAUGCACUUUAUUUGACAUCUUUCGAAUUAUUCGAUCGAAAUGCAUCUGAUUCGAUAUCUUGCGAUGAAUUUGAAGCAAUCAUUCGACAUACUCAACCACUUCAUGAUCAAGAUUUCGAUUUCAAUUCUGAUUUUAUUAAAAGAUAUUUCGGAGCGUAAGUUUUCCCUUGGAUUUUUGAAAUAAUUUAUAUUUUUUAUAGUGACAAAAAACGUACAAUAGGAUAUCACGCGUUCUGCCAACUUCUUCAUGAUUUCUAUGAAGAACAAGGUAUUCAAGCGUUCAAAAAAUAUGAUAAAAAAGGAAAUGGUACGAUUUCGUCGUUGGAUUUCCAACAAAUUAUGACGACUGUCAAAGGACAUUUAUUGACACCGUUUGUUAGAAAUAAUUUGAUUGCUGUUAGUGGAGGAGGUGCAAGUGGACAUAAGGUAUGUUAAAUAGAGGAUGUUUUGAUUUUUUUGGGAAAUAUUUUGAUUGGAGUGAUCUAACAUCUGAAAAAAAAUUUGAAUAAGUUUAGUAAAAAUGUUGAAUUUUGAGCAAUAGAUAUGAUUUUUGAAAAAGCUUGACAGUUUUUUACAUUAUUUUUUUUAAUUAAAAAAUUCUCCAAGUUUAAUAUUUUGCAUAAAUAAAUCUGCUCAAUUUUCGUUGAUUUUUUAGUUUCGCCACGUCAUAUCUCAUUCUGAACGUGACCUAAUUAAUUAUGACGUGGCUAACCAGAAUUUCUGAAAAAAUAUAGAUUUGUUAAAUUUUCAAAAUUUCGAAUUAUUGUUUCAAUAAUUUUUUCAAAUUUAAAAAUUUUGAGUUUUUUUUUAAGCUUGGCGUUUGGUUUUUUGCCACGUCAUAACUUUUUUUUUCAAAAAAAUUUUGUCUAGGAAUUUCAAAAUCAUAGUGGUGUUUUAGACGUAAGUAUCUCAAGAAAAAUGUUGUAAAUCUAUAAAUUUGAUGUGGUUUCUCUUCUUUUUUUGCAUGCUCUUUUUUUUACAGUUUUCGGAUACACGUAGUGGAAUUGUGAGUUUUUAGUGUAAAAUUAACCAUUUUUGUAUGUUUUAUUUCCUAACCAAUAUGUUGUCUUAUGUCAAAAAUUUAAAAAAUUCAAAAAAAAAAUCCAAUUUUCAAUGUUCCUAGGUAACUUUCCCAUAUUAUGCGGCUUUCAAUAGUUUGCUCGCAAAAAUGGAAUUGAUUAAAAGAGUCUAUGUUUCACAAGCUCGCGGAAAUUUGGAUUUGGAAAUGACGAAAGAGGAUUUCUUGCAUGCGACACAAAGUUAUGCACAAAUUACACCAUAUGAGGUAGGUUACUGUAGUUCCUAGAUUACUGUAUGUAUAUUUUUCUUCAGGUUGAAAUUCUGUUCCAUUUGUCGGAAUUGGCGCAUCCUGGAAAGAAAACUUUGUCAUUGAAGGAUAUUGAACAAAUUGACCCUGAAAGGUUGGAGAUUUCCUGUAAAACUAGAAAAAAUCCUGAUUUUUUCCAGAUUGAAGCGAGUUUCUCAAAUGGAUCGAAUUAUUAAUAUCAAAGCAGUUCAUCACAAAGAUGAAAGAGGUGCUGGAAUUGCGGUUAGUUUUUUUGCUGAAAUUUUUUUGAAACACCUCUUUUUCUCAUUGACUUUAAUUUUGUUCCUGUUAUAAUCUUCAUCAAAAAAUAAUGGAAUUAGAAAAUCGAGAAGGCUUUGGAUUUUGAAUUUUUUUUCAAACGUAUUCUUAAUUGGAACAUUUUAUUUUUUCAACCUCAUUAGAUUUAAAGCUCUCAAAUCUUGCUCAUAUUAGACUUUCGAAAAUUCGAAUUAUCGAAUAAAGAAGCGAGCGUCGAAAUUUUGAAUACUAUUUUGAAACGUAUUUUUCAAGACUUUAUUUGACAGAAUUUUAAACUGAAAAUACUAAAUUAUUUUUAUUAAAUUUCAAAUUAGUUUUUUGUUUCUAGAGGGCCUAGUUUUUACAUGUUAUUUUAUAUCAAAAAGUUUUUUUUCAUGAAAAAAAUGGAUUUCCAAAAUAUUUUACUCGGAUAUUCCAGAUAUUCAACAAAUAGAAGAUUUCUAAACUUCCCCAAAAAUCCAAAAAUCGAUUUUUUUAGUUCCUCGAAUCGGCUUAUCGUUUUGCAUUGGGAUCAGUUGCUGGUGCUUGUGGUGCAACUGCAGUUUAUCCGAUUGAUUUGGUCAAAACACGUAUGCAAAAUCAAAGAACUGGCUCAUUUGUUGGUGAAGUUAUGUAUAAGAAUUCGUUGGAUUGUUUCAAAAAAGUUGUCAAAUUUGAAGGUAACUCUUAUAUUUUUUUAAAUUUUUUUUCCCAUAAUUUUUCAUUGUAGGUUUACUCGGUUUAUACCGUGGUCUUCUUCCACAAAUCGUCGGAGUUGCUCCAGAAAAAGCCAUCAAAUUAACAAUGAACGACUAUAUGAGAGAUAAAUUCACAUCUGACGGAAAAAUUCCAUUAUACGGUGAAAUAAUUGCCGGAGCAACUGGUGGAAUGUGUCAAGUUGUGUUCACAAAUCCACUCGAAAUUGUCAAAAUUCGCCUACAAACUGCGGGAGAAGUUCAAGGAGCCGGAAAGAAGGUAAUGAGGGAUUUCGUGCUUGUUAGAAAAUGAAACGUUUUUUUUGCAGAUUGGUGUAUUCACAGUUUUGAAAGAGCUCGGAUUCCUUGGAUUAUACAAAGGUUCACGUGCGUGUUUCCUUCGAGAUAUUCCAUUUUCGGCGAUUUAUUUCCCAGCUUAUGCACAUGCGAAAUUGGCAACUGCUGAUGCAGAUGUUAGUUUUUUUUGAAUAUGGGGAUUUUUUUGGGUGCUCAAAAUCCACGUGGCAGAAACCUUUAAAAAUCAAUAAUUCAGAGCUCUGAAUUUCAGGAUUUGAAAAUUGUUGAAUCGAGAAAUUUUUACAUUUAAAAAAUUAUCUUUUUUUCACAGUUUAUUUUUUAAAAAUCCCAACAUCUUUCAAAGUCGAAUUUUUCGGUUUCUCUUUUUUCUAUCAAAAAAACAAUCCAAAUUCAGGGAAUCAACUCACCUGGAUCACUUUUCUGCUCUGCUUUCAUUGCUGGUGUUCCUGCUGCUGGUUUAGUUACACCUGCUGAUGUUAUUAAAACUCGACUUCAAGUUGCUGCUAAAGCUGGACAAACUACAUAUAAUGGAGUUAUUGGUGAGCUAGUCUAGUUUUUCUUGGCGAAUAUAUUCCAAGUAAUUUCAGAUUGUGCCCGUAAAUUAUUGAAAGAAGAAGGUGCGGCCGCAUUUUGGAAAGGAACCGCCGCUCGAGUUUGUCGUUCAAGUCCACAAUUUGCCGUCACUUUACUUACUUAUGAAGUCCUUCAACGUGUUUUGUAUAUUGAUUUUGCUGGUUCACGACCUACUGGUUCUGAGGUAAGAUUUUUUGAAUUUUAGGGAACUGAAAGCAUUCAAGGAAAAAUGAUUGUUUUUCUGAAAACUUAUUGUAAACUUAAAAAUUCAAAUUUUUAGCUUCAAAUUAAAAUUUUUUGGCUGAAAUUCAUUUGAAAAUUAAAAUACGUUGAAAGCUAGGUUAUACAUUUUUUUUAAUGACAACAUUUUCAAAAUUUUGAGGUAUUUUUUGCGUUGAAAAUUUUGAAAAAAAACUGAAAAUUUCAGCCUAACACUGUCAGGAUGAAAAUUGUUAUCUUUUUCAAAAUUACACCAUUUCUAAAUCCUAUUUUUAUACAAAAAUCCUCGUUUCUAUCAAAUAUUCUCAUAAUUUUAAGCUGGCCACAACAAAAACGAUCCAAGAUGAAUCAUCGACAAAUCCAGAUCAUGUUGGUGGCUAUAAAUUGGCUGCUGCAACAUUCACUGGAAUCGAGCAUAAAUUUGGACUUUUCUUGCCAAGGUUCGAAACGACUAAAUAA